AUGGCCGACCAUGCUAUUCAUCGACCUUUGACUCGCCGGGAUGAGAUACGCAUGCUCGAAGUGUCACCAGCCAGUCAGCACUCACCGAGUCCUCUCCAAUGCACCUUCAGGCAUAUCUCCUUGCAGGACGACAAGAAAUGUGACUACGAGACCAUUUCGUACUAUUGGGGUGAUCAAACGCUGUCCUCCUUCAUCAUGGUCGAUGACCAAGUUCUGUCGGUCCCCGCCAACACCGAGAAAGCACUGAGACGUAUGGCGUUUGCCGAUGCCACGAGGGUCCUGUGGAUUGAUGCGGUCUGUAUUAAUCAAAGCGACCUGACAGAACGAUCCGAGCAGGUCCAACUGAUGGGAAGAGUGUUUUCCUCUUCUGCUGGUAACCUGAUCUAUUUCGGCGACGAGCAUGAAUAUACAGCAUGCGCAAUGUCAACCUUGCAGGAGAUGCACAAGGACAUUGUCGAAAUCUGCACAAAACUUUCGAACGUCGACAGGCUUUUUGGCCAGAAGGGAUGGCAGCAUUGUCAAGGGCCGAUGCAGACUGACAUCAAUGUCGAAGCUUUGAAGGCAUUUUACAACAAUGCCUGGUUCAGACGAUUAUGGCCUGUCCAGGAGCUCGUUCUGGCCCGCAAAAGUCUCCUUCACCAAGGCCAGCACAUCAUCAACUUCCGUGUAGUCAUAGAUGUGGCUGCUUGGAUGCUGAGCUACUAUAAAUCGUACACUAAUUCCAUGCACGUGGCAGACGGGUUGUACAAUGCCGCCUGGAUGCGGUGGUUCUACCAAGCACAUCGGCAGUCCAGAGCACCACAGAUACAGCACAUAACUGUGGGGAAUCAAGAGUUGGAAGUGUGUGACGGUCGAGACAGGAUCUACGGCAUGCUCGGCAUGGCUCACCCCAAUGGAAUCGUGCCAGAUCUCCUCGCGCCCGACUACGCCAAAUCUCUAGCGGCAGUGUUCAGAGACGCAUGCCUGUAUGUGAUCAAGCAGGAGGGUAGCGCUAUCCCGCUGAAGCUACUGCGCCACCGAUCGGCCGACGAUUUGACAGACUAUGAGUAUCCAUCGUGGGUAUACCGCGUACACGGGGCACGGGACGAGCUGCAUGAUCCCCUGCACGAAUUACCUCCUUUCAGGUAUCAAGUGUCAUCGCCACUGAGUGGAAGUCCUCUUGACCGCAUCGUUGACCGCAAUAUACUUCCUCUGGAUCGUCGACAGCUCGAUACGAUACACUCUUUGUCUGGAUUUCUCACCAAACGCAGGGAACUCUUCCUGGUUGAGAUCUCGAAAUUCGUCAUAUCGCAUGAUUUGUUGGCAGAGCAGACCUGCGGCUUGAGACGUAUCGCGCGAACGCUCGUCGCCAACGGCCAGUACGCACAGGCAGACAACGGCGUACAAGUGCAGGCGGAUUUCGAGGCUUUCCUUGGCCCAAUGUUGCCUGAUGGCCGUUCGGAGGAAGCUGUGACGUUGAAUGCAUUCACGGUUACGAUGCAACAAGCUGCAGACCGGUUUACGAAUAUUUCAAUGAACUUCUGUGUCAACAGACAGAUCAUGCUAACAAGUCAGGGGCACAUAGGUAUUUGUCCAAAGAUCUGCAUCCCAGGAGACAUUGUCGUGCUCCUGAGCAUGGCUCCAUUGACUGUCGUACCGAGGCCCGUCGAUGAUCAUUAUUUCAUGAUCGGUGAAUGCUACCUAGAUGGUGCUUUCGACAAUGACGGCAACCCAGGAGAGCUAGAGCUUGAUCAUCUGGAAGAGAAAGUGUUCGAGAUCCACUAA